AUGGAAGACAGCUCCGUGGUGAUUGACCCCUUCGUCGGGGAUGCGGAAGAUUCAUGGGGCUUUUUUGCCGUGUAUGAUGGUCACGGUGGACGUCAAGCUGUGGACUUUUGUGAGCAGAAACUCCAUACAACUUUGCAGGACCAAACGGCGGGGCCGCCCUGCGGCGGGGAUGAACUGGGCAAGCUCUCGGAGAUGAGCGACGAGGCGGUGAGUGACGCUUUCGUGCGUUGCUUUCGGAGAGUGGAUGAUCAACUGAAGAUGUUGGGUACCUGGCGGUGCGGUUGCACAGCCACGGUGGUUUUGGCCCAUCGAAAUUCAUCCAAAGGUACAUUACGCCUUCAUUCGGCCAAUGUGGGCGAUUCUCGUGCCAUUGUCAUCGAUAAGAACGAUGGUGAACAUCGCCUCAGCCGUGAUCACCGGCCGACGGAUCCUGCUGAAAUUCAACGGGUGGAGCAUGAAGGCGGCUUUGUGGUCCGAGGGCGUGUGGUUGGUCAAUUGGGAGUCUCUAGAGCUUUGGGAGAUCACUCAUUGAAAAGCGUGGGUGUCACUUGGUGUCCUUUUGUUUCUGCUCGUGAUGUCUCCUUAGAUUCUGUGCUGGUCAUUGGAUCUGAUGGCUUGUGGGAUGUCCUAAGUGAUGGAGAUGUGAGGGCCGUCGUUGACCGAAGUACAGCUGAACAGAUCCCAGAGAAAGCUCCAGAGCUCCUGAUCAAGGCUGCUUUGCGGCAAGGCUCCACCGACAAUACCACGACUCUGGUGGCAUACUUCGGAAAGCAGUGGACGCAGUGGACGUAG